AGUAACUAGCAUGUUUGCUUAUGUCGGGUACCCGGUAUCAACGCACCUGCUCAGGUCAAACGCGGUGACACGCAGAUAUAUGGCAAUCGCUCCCUCCUCCCAGGCUCCUACUGUCUGCCUACUUGUGGGGUGGAAGGAGAGAUAAACGGGGCCUAUAGUUUUUCAUCGUCCAUGGAUUCCCAACAAACAGGUUCCUUUCUUCACCUAGCUGAAUUAAUAGAAAUCUGGACGCUCGAUAAUAUGGCGAUCGCUCAGCCUGCUUAUGAGAUGGACGCAGAGUUAAUCGAAGCCUAUACUUUUCCAUCGUUCAUGGACUCCAAUUCCCAACAAACAGGUAGUAAUCCUCUUGCUAAACCUUGUGAACAAGCUGGGACCUCAUGGUCUGACAGUAACCCUAAUGUUUGGAGGAACACAACUCUGAAUGGAAAUUCUCUUUUUAGGCCUGUACCGAGGCAGGUGGGGCAGCAAACAGAUGAGAGCUUGUUUGGAGUUGCAGGACCUUGCGCACAAACUGGGACCUCUUCGUCUGGCCCUAUACCUUCAUCUUUGGGAUCUUCGGGAGGAAGUGCUUGGAGGUCUGUUCCGACUAGCCAGGGGGGCAGCAAACAAACAGGAGCUUGUAUGAAGGCGCCAAACAGCAGGACAACAUCACCACAUCAUCUACACUGAUACCCUCACCUCAGCACAUUACAGGUAGUUAUCCUCUUGCUAAACCUUGCGAACAAGCGGGGACCUCAUCAUCUGGCCCUGCAACUUUAUCCUUGGAAGGAAGUGUAUCGAGGUCUGGAUCGACUAGCCAGGGAGGGCAGCAAACAAAUGGGAGCUUGUAUGGAGGAUAUUUUCAGACAUCAACAGUUAAUAGUGUUGAAGCUGUAGAGAGUUGUAAAGAUGCUACUGUUUCUUAACCAUCUGAAACUACUCAGCGAUCUAGUAAUUCUGGUUUUGAUAAGUCAACGACACCAAUCAAUCCCUCCCAAUUUGUGCCAGCAAAUAUAGAGCCCACCUCUAAUCUUCCUCCAACUAGUCAAUUGGGAAAGAAAAGGAAGUUGAUGUCGUCUGUUUGGGAUCAUUUUGAUAGAGUUAAUUGCAAUGGGAAUGAUUGGGCAAUUUGUC